GAAAGCCUUCUCAGGAGCAUAUGGAGUCAAAAUGAAGCCAGAGCGCUUGAGAACGUUAUGUGAAUUAGAGUGGCCGAAACAAAAUACUGAAUGGCCAUCUCAGGGAACCUUUGAUAUAAAUUUAGUAAGCAAACUUUGGUCUAACAUCGCCAAAGAAACUGGAGGGUGCCCAGAACAAUUUUCAUAUAUAGAUUCUUGGCUGAGCACAUUAAAUAAAAAUCCUCCAUGGAUAAGGGAAUGCAAAGUCCAACGAUGCAAAUUAUUGGCUGUAAAAGCCGAAGCUAGGAAAGGAAUCUUGCCAAAUAAACUCAAACCCAUUUUUGAGGGACCAGAGGAAGAGGUGCUUCCACCUCCACCCUAUGCUCCACAUCGAAGGGAGCCUAAUCCAAAUACUCCACCAGUUGUAACCCCAAGGCAAGAAAGUGGAAUGAAUAAUGGGGGUGGAGUCACAGAACUUGAUUCCUUGAUAGAUUAUGAUAAAUAUCUUCAGGAGGCCUUGGAGUCCUAUAAUAAAGCCCAAGCAGAAGUGGUUAUUCCACCUGUGAGUCCCAGUAGAACUCCAUCUACAGUCUCCUUUAGUGGAACAACCAAUUGCCCACCCCAAACCCCUGUACAUCCAAGUCCUAGAGAAUUAUUACAGAAGUUACAGGGAGACCUUGAUCGGUCAGCAAGCAAUACAGCAAGGCGUAUAAAGCUGCUAAAAGAACGCCUUGGGACAGAUACCAUCCCCUAUGAUUUGAGGCCCCUAGAGCAAAGCGAAGAGAAAGGUCACGUAGUAGCCCCUCUUAGAAGAGUAUUUGAUGCACUUGAGGAGCCUGUGCUGGUUAACGGGCAACCCAGACCACGGCCACCUCGAACUUCGACCCUCCAGUACAUUCCAUUCACAACUACGGAUCUGAUGAAUUGGAAAACACACACCCCAUCUUUCGCAGAAAAACCUCAGGCUAUGAUGGACUUGGUGACUUCAAUAGUAAAUAUCUGUUCACCACUGAGGAAAGGAGAGACAUAAUUGAAAAGGCACAGAUAUAUUUGCGUGAGCAGGCCAGAGUGGGAAAUAU